ACAAUAACAAGUUCAGUUUUCGCAGUCCUACUUAAAUUUUUCUAUUUAAUAAAAUUGUUACAAUGAAUAGAAAUCGAACUUUACUUAAUAUCAAAUAUAAUCAGCAACCGUCACAUCCGGCAUUCCAAAAAAAAGAACCGAAGACAUCUACCUCAAUUAAAUUCUGGGCGGACGUAGAUAUACCAUUAGAUGCUCAGUUUAUUCAGAGUUCCGAAUUACCAGCUAGCCCGCCCGGCGAGCUCUCGCCAUACCCAAACUCAGUAAAAGUUGGCGGGUACGUGCCUCCACACGUGAGGCCCAAAAAAAAGAAAAAACACAAAUUUACAAAAAGACCUGCUAUUGACAGUAAACCUAAUGUACCCACAGCUAACAAUACAGGAAGUAGCAAUGAGACAUCCACAAGCUGUGGUGGGAACACACCGGCUACGGUCCACAUUGGUGAGAGUGCAGCGGAGGGAGAACGACCCAGUACACCUGAGGACAUUCACAAACAAUAUGAAAUGAAAACUGACCACACCCAGCCACAACCACACAUUGAUAAUCAAAAAGUCAAUACCAUUCAACCGCACAAGGAAUCCAGCUCAGCGGCCAGUGGAAAGGAUCCCGUUGUUCUAUACACCAUCCCACAGUCAUCUGCAACAUUUUCAGGUGAUUUGUUAUGUGUUAUUGAUGGAUUACAUGUGUUACUUGUUUAUGAAAAUGUUUUAUAUCACUAUUACACUAUAUACUUAUACACUGCUAAAAAAUACAAUAUUCAGCAGUAUGUUCGGUAAGCAACGUGGCGUAUCAUUUUAUGAAAAUAAUUACGAAACAUAUUAUCAAAUAUAUGAAAAAUAGGUUUCAUUUCUAAUUUUCUUGUGAUGAGACAGCUUUCCG